CCCACCUCGCUUCGCACCGCUUCCUGUCCUGCCUCCUUCGACGCUGCCUGCAACGAUGGCCGACUCGAAGGACUCAAAAUCGACGGACAGUGAGAUCGGACAGGUUGAGCAUGUGAACCUGAAUAGCAACGUCAGCGCCAGGAUCCAGAACCCGCUCUCGGGCAUUCCGCGCGCCACCCUCCUCGCCAACGUCGACGCGUUCGCUGAGGAGAACGACAUGAACGACAUCCUCCCGCUCCUCCGCAAGGGCGCGCUCGUCGCCCAGGACCCAUCAUCGUACGAGACCCUCCCCGACCUCGAGGAGGACGAGCGCGCGGCGCUGCACGACGAGAUCCAUCAUCGGUGGCGUCAGCCGCGCGCCCUCUUUCUGACGAUCGCGACGUGUUCCAUUGGAGCUGCUGUGCAAGGAUGGGAUCAGACGGGCUCCAACGGCGCUAACCUGUCCUUCCCUGAUGAAUUUGGAAUCGGGGGCAAAACAGGGAAAGACCCAUGGAUCGUCGGCAUCGUCAACGCCGCCCCCUAUCUCGCUUCCGCAUUCAUUGGCUGCUGGCUUUCAGAUCCGCUCAACAACUGGUUCGGCCGACGCGGGACCAUCUUCCUCUCCGGCAUCUUCUGCUUCUUCCCUGUCAUCGGUUCCGCGUGCACACAGACAUGGGAACAGCUCUUCGUCUGUCGGCUGCUGCUCGGUAUCGGGAUGGGCUGUAAAGGAAGCACGGUACCCAUUUAUGCGGCAGAAAAUACGCCCGCGCUUAUACGCGGCGGACUGGUCAUGAGUUGGCAACUUUGGACGGCAUUUGGAAUAUUCCUCGGCUUCACGGCGAAUUUGAUUGUCGAAGACGUGGGACGGAUCGCAUGGCGCUUGCAGCUCGGAUCCGCGUUCAUCCCCGCCGUGCCAUUGCUGAUUGGGAUCUUCUUCUGCCCCGAAUCCCCGCGCUGGUACAUCAAAAAGGGUCGCUACGCCGAGGCGUACAAGUCCCUCUGCCGCCUCCGUAACCACCCGCUCCAGGCCGCGCGCGACCUCUACGCGAUCGAUGCGCAGCUCCGCGAGGAGGAUGCCAUCGUGGGCAAGCGGAGCAAUUACCUGGGCAGGUUUGUCGAGCUGUUCACCAUCCCGAGAGUAAGGCGUGCGACGCUUGCGAGCUUCACGGUCAUGAUCGCGCAGCAGAUGUGUGGCAUCAAUAUCAUCGCCUUUUACUCCUCGACGAUCUUCACCGAGGCCGGCGCGUCGCCCAAGCGCGCGCUGCUCUCCUCGUUCGGCUUCGGGCUCGUCAACUUCGUGUUCGCGUGGCCCGCGGUGCGCACGAUCGACACCUACGGGCGGCGCGCGCUGCUCCUGUUCACGUUCCCGCAGAUGGCGUGGACGCUCAUCGCCGCGGGGCUGUGCAACCUCAUCCCGCGCGAGAGCAACGCGCACCUCGGCAUGAUCGCCUUCUUCGUGUUCUUGUUCGCCGCAUUCUAUAGCCCCGGGGAGGGCCCGGUGCCGUUUGCGUACAGUGCGGAGGUGUUCCCGCUGUCGCAUCGCGAGGUGGGGAUGAGCUGGGCGGUCGCGACAUGUCUUGGCUGGGCCGCCGUGCUGUCGAUCACGUUCCCCGCGAUGCUCGACGCGCUCCACCCGAUCGGCGCGUUCUGCUUCUACGCCGGGCUGAACAUCGUCGCGCUCGUGAUGAUCUUCCUUUUCGUGCCCGAGACGAAGCAGCGCACGCUCGAGGAGCUCGACUACGUCUUCGCGGUGCCAACGCGCACGCACAUGCGCUACCAGGUGACCAAGGCGCUGCCGUACUUCGUGCGGCGGUGGGUCCUGUGCGACAAGCGCGCGACGCUCGAGCCGCUGUACCAUUUCGGCCCCGAGCCGGCGCAGCACGGCGAGCGCAGGGCCGUCGAGGGCGAGCGGGAGUACGCGGAGAAGGGGGAGAAGGAGGAAAUCGACGAGGUGGAGAAGGCGUGAGCGCGCCCGGGAUGGGGCGGGGCGGGGCGGGUGGCGGUGUGUGACGGCGAGCUACGAGGCUUUACGUUGGGUGUUGGACGCGAGCGAGACGAUCUAUGAUGUAUAAUCAUGUUUUCUUGGAUGGCCCUCGAUGAUUUUUAUCGCAUACAUACUACAUAUUACUUACUGGCUGGUAGUAGUACUGUCGCGCACGCUGCUCCGUAUUCUGUUUUAUUUUCUGCUUCUUGAUGUCUUAAUGUCUUGUAAUUACCCAGCCUCCAUUGUAGCAUCACAGCUCUGCGACGAGUGACCGACCGCUCGCGUCCGUC